AUGAACCAAAAAAUGUCAAUAGUAUUACCUUUACCUCAAUUGAAACCUGAGAACAAUGAUGAUUAUGAGAACAGAGUGACUUUAAGGUUAUACAUUGAGAAGUUAUUAAAUUAGAAAGUUGGAAGGUAUGAUUGAUGUAAAAUAGAUAUUUGGAGAUAAUAUCAGGUAUAGCAAGUUUGGCGACUGUAGGAAUAUAUAUAGUAUCAACGUAUUUUGAUUAAGUGGAAUGGUUGGGUACAUUGGAUAUUGUAGUAUGUUCAUUGUACUUGACAGAAUAUUCAUUGAAAUUGUUUGCUGCUUAACACAGAUUACAAUAUAUAUUUUCUGAUUUUGCGAUAAUAGAAUUAUUGACUGUGUUUCCAUUACUAACAAUUUAAUCAGUUGGAAGUUGGAAUUAUUUGUAACGACUUAUAAAUAUAUCUCGAAUAUUAAGAGUAUUUCGGGUGGUAAGGAUGAUAAAUAAAUUUUAAUCAUUAUCUGAUACAGAGUAUGGAGGAGUGACUAGAUAAAUAUAUGUAAUAUUUUCAACAGUGACAACAAUAAUAAUAGUGACAGCAGGAGUUUUAUAUGCAUUUGAAUUACCAAAAAGAUAAGAGUUAAUAGGAAAGGAUCCAAAUAGAGGUUGUUCAAAUUAGAUAGAUAGAUGCAAUUUUCAUGAAAUGAUAUACUUUACAAUAGUGACAUUAUCAACAGUAGGAUAUGGAGAUGUGAUUCCAUAGAGUGAAGAAGGAAGAGUAUGUGUUAUUGUAUUAAUUAUUAUUGUAUUGGUUGUAAUACCAAAAUAAAUGAAUGAAUUAAUAAGAUUGAUGGGAUUGUAAAGUGUUUAUGCAAGAUCAUUCUAUAAACCUAAUCAUGAAAUUCCUCAUAUAAUAAUUUGUGGAUAUGUGAGUGUAGCAUCAUUAAAGAACUUUUGCAAUGAAUUAUUUCAUUAAGAUCAUGGAGGAUAAGAUAAAAAUGCAAUAAUAUUAAAACCAUCAAUUCCAAAUACAGAAAUGGAAGAUUUUCUACAUAAUGAACGCUAUGAAAUGUUUUUGAUUUAUUUAUAGGGUAAUCCUAUGAUAGAGAGAGAUUUGAGAAGAGCUGCUGUAACUUAAGCAAAAGCUUGUGUUAUUUUAACUAAUAAAUAAAUAGUAGAUAGUCAUUCUGCUGAUCAUAAAAAUAUUCUCAUUGGUUUACUAAUAAAAAAAUAUGUUAAUCAUUUAACAGGUUGUAAUAUUAGAUUAUGUAUGUAAUUAAUAAAACCAGAGAGCAAGAUGCAUUAUAAAUAAUCAUUAGGAGUAAAAAUGAUAACUGAUUAAAUAAUUGUAGUAGAAGAAUUUAAAAUGAAUUUAUUAGCUAAAUCUUGUUUUUGUCCUGGAAUCAUUGCUUUAUUAGGUAAUUUAGUUACUUCAGCAGGAGAAUAAAAGGAAAGUUUAGAUUCUGAAUGGCUUACACAAUAUACAGAUGGUAUGGGACAUGAAAUAUAUCGAACUGAUUUAAGUUUUAAAUUUUAAGGAAAGACUUUUAGUGAAGUAGCUGCUAUUGUUUAUAAUGAGUUUUCUGGCAUUCUAUUUGGUUUAGAAUUUGAUGUUGGAAGAUAAGCUAUAAUUAGACUUAAUCCUGGUGUAUAUACUAUACCUAAUACUACAAAAGUACAUGCAUAUAUCAUUUGUUAAGAUAAAAAGGUAGCUGAUCUAGUAGCAACCUAUGAUAUGACUACAGAAGAAAUAGCUAAUUAUCAUUUCUCAUUAUCUUUAUAGAAUACAUCUGAUAAAGAUAAACCAAACGAAGAGGAGGAAGAUAAAGCAGAAGAUCAUUUAUUAUUAGGCAAAGAUUAACUUGAUGAUUAAGAUAUUAUUGAAAAAGAUUAUCUUCUACUUAAUGAGCCUGUCUCUUUAAUGGAUGCCACCUCUAUCUUCUUACUUGAAUAACCUGAAAUUAAUAAUCACAUCGUUGUUUGUGGAAUUCAUCCUUCCAUUUAUUAUUUCUUACUUCCCUUAAGAGCUAAGUAUCUUAAAGAAAUUUAAUAUGUGGUUAUCUUAGCACCUGAAAAACCUACAGAAAUUUGGGAAUAUAUUAAUAGAUUCCCAAAAGUUAAAUUUGUUUAAGGUUCUCCUCUUAUUUCCGAAGAUUUACAAAGAGCAAGUAUUCAUUGUGCAGAUAAAGCUGUUAUCUUUGCAUAAAGUGCUGAUGCUAAUAAAACUGAAAGUGAAGAUUUUCUUGAUCAAAUGCAUGAUGCAGAAAGUAUUUUUAUCUAUAAAGCUAUUAAAAAAAUUAAUCCUUCAGUCUAAAUCAUGAUUGAAUUAGUCUCAAGUUCUAAUAUACAAUUCCUUCUAGAUAAAGAUUAUAAAUAUCAAAAUGAUUUUAAAUAUGAAUUGGUAAAUUUUUCUUUUAAUUAGACUCCUUUACAAGCCUCAGGAGAAGUCUAUAUUUCUGCCAUGAUUGAUACCCUCACCUGUCAAGCUUAUUAUAAUCCUCAUAUUGUUACGAUACUUUAAUAAAUUCUCACAGGAAUGAGAUAAUCAAACCCUGUCAUUAGAGCCAUCUGUGAAAAUCUAGAUAUUAAAGAUUCUAAUCUUUAUUAAGUUCCUGUCCCUGAAGAUUAUCUUGUAAUAUCUAUUCAUAUUUUAGAAUAAAACUUUUGGAGAAUUAUUUAAUUAUUUAUCUAUUGAAAGACAUCUAAUUCCUUUAGGCUUAUAUAGAUUGGCUAAAGCUGUUGAUAAUAAACAUCCUUAUGUUUAUACAAAUCCACCAGCUGAAACUACUCUCACUCCUAGAGAUAAAGUCUUUGUCUUGGCUCAUUAAUUACCUGCAGAUUUAAGUGGAAUUCCAUUUGAUGUAAAUUUUGAUCCAAAAUAAUUGAAUGCUAAAGAAGUAGAAAAUAACAAAGCCUUAAACUUUCUCCUUGAAAAACUUAAACAAUAAACUUCAUCUUAAAAUGGAGUCAAUAGGGUAGGUGAGUAUUUAUCUUAUUAUUUUUUUAGUCAAAUAAAAGAAUGACAAGACCGUUAUUUUUCAAGGAUAGCAAAUUAAAUAAACUAGAAACAUAGAAGCAGAAAGUAUGAAUUUAAGUAAUCAUUUAAACUAUUCAAUAUAGAUUCUGCAGCUCUACAAGUCUUAGAUUAAGUUAAUGAAUAGAUUUCUAUAGUGAAAGAUUAAAUUAAUGAUAUUAAAUCUAGUCUUAAUUAAAAAGAAGAUGAAAUUGUCGAAAAAUGCAGAAGAGCAAUCAGAUACGAAUUAGGGACAUUAACUUGAU